AUUCUUAACCUUAUUACAAGCCCCUUUAAAAAUUAUUUUUACUGGUUUCACUGAAUUAAUUUAGCCCAGUUAUUUUUAGGGCAUUCCUAUGCUCCCUAUUUGCACAGCAGUGGUGAGCUGGUUUCCUGUCUGCCGUUGCUUCCAUUGUUCAGACUUCUUUCCCCGAGGGCAGCUGCUGCUGGUCGGAAUGCCAGAACUGCCCGCACGUUGAGCCGUGCCUCGAGCGGCGCUGACGUGGUUUCUAGGUGGGCAUGUGCGCAGCUCUGUGAGCGAGCGCGCGCGCGGCCAGAACAAUGGGAACAAUGAAAGGUGUAGUUGCAAUAUCAGGCAGCGAAACGGAGGAUGACGACACUAUGGAUGUCCCUCUGGAUCUUUCCUCUUCUGCUGGCUCUGGUAAACGGAGGAGACGUGGCAACCUGCCCAAGGAAUCCGUGCAGAUUCUUCGGGACUGGCUGUACGAGCAUCGAUACAACGCUUACCCUUCGGAGCAAGAGAAGGCGCUGCUAUCCCGACAAACACACCUUUCCACACUACAGGUCUGCAACUGGUUUAUCAAUGCCCGCCGCAGGCUUUUACCUGACAUGCUGAGGAAGGAUGGCAAAGACCCAAACCAGUUCACUAUCUCGCGCAGAGGGACCAAGCUUUCCGAGGGCGCUGCCGUGGAGGCUGCCGUGAACACCAAGAGCUACAUCCCGCUGCUGGAGGAGAGCUCCUUCCUUCCUGCUGCCGCGGCACUCAACAAGACUGUGUCCUCUUCUAAACCUGCUUCCCCGGGAUCCGUCGUGGCCCGACCGUCCGUGAUUUGCCACACGACGGUGACUGCAUUGAAAGACGCCCCUUUCCACUUCGGCCAGCCCGCAGACGGAGGCCAGACCACGGACCCGCAGCAGCCGCCAGCCAACGGCUUCACAGACAACUCCCUCUCCUACCAGGAGGAUGCAUCUAAACUGGGACCUGGUGCAAACGCACAGAGUGGGCUCUUUAACACUCCUCCUCCAACCCCACCAGACCUUAACCAGGAUUUCAGUGGAUUUCAGCUACUGGUGGAUGUUGCACUCAAAAGAGCGGCAGAGAUGGAGCUGCAGGCAAAACUUAUGGCCUAAAUCCCCUUCCUUCUCCUUCCUCGUUUUGUUUUUCCAGGCAGGGAUCUAACAGCUGUGUGGUUAUUGCCACCCACACGAUAUCAAAAGACUUAUCUGCAUUAUUAUUUUUUUUUUAUUAAUCUUAUUUGCACAAAGGAUUGCUGAAAUGAAGCUUCCUGUCACUGAGAUGGUCUUCAGUGGAAUAUGGUCAUUCCAAGAAUUAUAAACUUAAAGCUACUGUAGAAAAACAGGAUUUUUUUUUAAUGUUUUCUUUGUAGGUUUUUCAUAAUGUGAGAUGGUUCCCAAGAUCAUGUGAUUUGUUUUUGUUUCUUUCAGACUGUGCAAUAUCUAGUAAUGAUAUAGAGUCUUCUUAUCAUUCCC